AUGAAAUUUCUUGAACUUCCUCCUGAAAUCGCUUGCAUUAUUCGUUGCUUUCUCAUACGGGAAAAUAAUUCAUCAUCAAUAUCGGAAUGUAAAUUCAAAUUUUCACAUAUUUCUACCAAUCAACACGAGGAAAUUAUUUCAUUCUAUAUGAAAUUGGAAACUGAAUGGUUUAAAUUAAAAAAUGAUCAUAUUUGGGUCGAUUUAUUGGAAUAUGAAGCUAAAAAUUGUAAUUUAUCUGAUUUGCAAUUGAGCAAGUGGAAGAAACAAUUUAAAAAGAAUAUCAAUUUUAGAAGGAAAGUAUUAUUAGUGAGAUGGGCAAGAGCUCAAUAUAUUACAAAUAUUUUGGAAAAAGACCUGCCAAUGAAUGGUGUGAAAGAGAGUUUGGUCUCCUUAUUGGGAAUAAGUGGAGUUGGUAAAACAUCAAUUUGUAAUUACUUUGCAAUGGGCCAUUUCUAUGAAGAUUAUUCGUGUGGAAUUGAGGACACUACACGAAAAAUGAUAAAUCCAAGCUUUGGUGGAGAUGAACAAGUUGUGACUUCUACACGAAAGUUGUUUAAUUCAUUGCUGAGAGCGAGAGAUAGGGAGUGGAAUGAUUUCCCAGUUCUGUUUGCAAUUAACAAAGUUGAUAUUCCAGAUCAGAAAAGAAGGAGCUCCAUUGAAAAUAUUCAAUCAUUCAUUGGAACAAUUAUUGAGGAAUUUGAUUUGAGAAAUACAGCAAUAUUCGAAACAAGUGCAAGAGAAGGAAUUAAUAUCAAUGAAAUAUUCGAACAUGUUGUGCUGAAAAUGGAAUAUUAUGAACAGUUUCCAUUCCUCCCUGCCUUGGAAGAUGUACUUGUUAACGAUAUUGAAGCCCUCAAAAACUUGGAAUUAUGGAAUAUAACAAGAAGAAAACAAAGAAAGUGUCUUGUUUGUUGA